CUUCUAUUGCACUCGUCUCAAAUUACAACUCUUUAUAGCAUACCAAUUGGUAUUAUGAAUUUUCCCGCCACCGUGUCACUCAGUAGAGUUCAGGAACAACUGAAUUGUUAUUAAGUUAGAUACCGAGUUUGUGUUCUGUCUGCUUAAGAUGCUUUGUUCGAGGAAAAUCAUCCAUCGGAGAGCUUCUGUUUGCCCUUGUGUUUUAUAUAUUGUGCAAGCAUCAUAUGCUAGUUUAAGUUCAGCUGGGUUGUUUGAAUCUCAUGUUCGAAGUUAUUCGAGUUUUGGGUAUGUUAGUUCUCAUUGUUUGGCCAAACCCAUUGUGCAAGAUUGUGUUUUGAGAUUGCCCAAAAAAUCUGAAUUUGGAAUUGGUUCAUUUUCGACUAUGGCUGGAACAAUCUUGGUCCAGGCUCGAGACCCGGCUAAGUUAAAUGUGGAGAUACAGAAUGCAGUUGAUGAGAAUAGACUAAAUGAUGCCUGGAGGUUUUAUGAGCAGUAUAUGGAGAUGGAUGGGUUUCAUAGGAAAUCUGUUGUUAAUAAGCUUUUAGCAGGUUUUGUAGAAAGCUGUGAUGUUGAGUGGCUUGAGAAGGCUUAUGGGUUGGUUGAGCAGGUUGUUGAUGAAAGCAAACUAAACUUGUUGGAGAGGAAUAUGCUGAUUUAUGUUUCAUUUGGUCUUGCGAGAGCUGGAUUACCAGUUCCUGCGUCGACUGUUUUGAGAAGAAUGGUAGACAUAGAGGAAUACCCACCUGUUGCUGCUUGGUCUGCUGUCUUGGCAUUCAUGUCUCAGACAGCUCAAGGGGCUUAUGUUGCUGCUGAAUUGAUUCUGGAGAUAGGUUACUUGUUCCAAGAUCACAGGAUUGACCCACGUAAGAAGUGUAAUGCGCCUUUGGUUGCUAUGAAGCCUAAUACUACUGCUUUCAACAUUGCUUUGGCUGGUUGUCUCUUGUUUGGAACAACCAAGAAAGCAGAGCAGCUCCUUGACAUGAUGCCUCGAGUUGGUAUCAAAACGGAUGCCAACUUAUUGAUACUAAUGGCACAAAUUUGUGAGAGAAAUGGACGGAGAGAUGAGCUUAGCAAACUGCAAAGGUAUGUGGAUGAAGCCCAUGACCUAACUGAUGUCCAAUUUCGCCAGUUCUACAAUUGCUUGCUGGUUUUGGAAAUGCUGCGGAAAGCAAAAGAAGCAAGAGGUUCUCUUGCAGCAGCAACGCUGGUAUUUGAUGCUGCUGGAAGGAGAAACAAGUCCCCUCUGGCAGUUAAUUCUGAAUUCUGGCAUCAUUCAAGCCAUGGAGAAUCAUGUGCUGAUAAUGGAGACAAUAGGUUACCUGGUAACCGUUAUUUAUCUUAUUUAGAGUUCUCUAGGGAUAGAAACUUCUUGAGACUUGAGGCUGAGGCUAAGGAAGUACUGGGAAUUUUGUUAGCUAAAUUACAAAGCCAAGUUGAAUUGGUAACAACUGACCGUGGUAUCCUCCAGCCAACCGAAAAAAUAUUUGCAAAAUUAGUCAAGGCCUUUCUGGAAGCAGACAAGACCAAGGAUUUGGCAGCCUUUCUUAUAAAGGCAGAGAGAGAAGAUAACCCAGCUUCCAGUGAUGAUUCAGCCUUGGUUCAUGUCAUCAAUUUAUGUAUAUCGCUUGGAUGGUUAGACAAGGCACAUGACCUUCUUGAUGAAAUGUGCUUGGCUGGUGUAAGAACAGGUUCUUCUGUAUACGGUGCACUUUUAAACGCAUAUUGUCAAGCAAACCAAGCAGGAGAUGCAGCAUCACUGUUAAGAGAUGCUCGUAAGGCUGGGAUCCAGCUUGACGCAAGCAGUUAUGAUGCAUUUAUUCGAUCGAAGGUGCUUCAAAAUGAUACACAGGGGGCUCUUAAUUUGUAUGCAGAAAUGAAAGAGGCUAAGAUUCCAAAAGCUGGUCAUCGGGAGUUUGAGAAGUUGGUGAAGGAAUGUGCAGAGGGUUGUGAACCGAGGUUGAUGGUAAAGCUGUUGCAGGAAAUAAAGGAAGGGCAGACGACAUUGGAAUCUGCGGUCCAUGACUGGAACAAUGUAAUCCACUUUUUCUGUAGGAAGAGAUUGAUGCAAGAUGCUGAGAAGGCUCUGAAGAAGAUGAGAAGUUUGGGGCAUGCCCCAAAUGCUCAAACUUUUCAUUCUAUGGUCACUGGGUAUGCUGCUGUAGGAGGAAAAUAUAUAGAGGUAACAGACCUGUGGGGAGAGAUGAAGUCUCUUGCGUAUAACUCCUCAAUGGAAUUUGAUCAGGAACUCCUGGAUUCCGUUCUUUACACUUUCGUGAGGGGUGGGUUUUUCAGUAGAGCAAAUGAAGUUCUGGAAAUGAUGGAGAAAGCGAAGAUGUUUGUUGACAAGUACAAGUACAGAACACUCUUCCUGAAGUACCAUAAAACACUACACAAAGGCAAAGCUCCUAAAUUCCAGACUGAAUCCCAACAUAAAAAGAGAGAAGCGGCAUUAGCGUUUAAGAACUGGAUAGGAGUGUGCUGAUUUAAGUUUGUAUUAUCUGUUUCGUGCACUCCUUGGCAUGAAUUUUAAGAAACUUUGUGCUAAGGUUGUAAGAGGGUCUGACCUCAGAAUAAUGACGCAUGAUCUUGUGCAGCAGCUAUCAAAUCGGAUCGAAGUUUGAUAUGGACCAAAAGAGUGUGUUGGUCAUAUAAAGGGAAUAAUUACCACCACAGGCACCACUACAGUUUAGAGUAUCUGAGUGUUGACAUGAAGCAUCCUCAUUUCUUAGGUAAAGUAUUGUGUAUGAUCAUAGAAGAUUUGAGUCCUUAUUAUGUGAAUGUCUUGGACUCUUGCUUUUCUGGGCAUAAAUGACAGAAGAGAC